GCAAUCACAACAGAACUGGAGAGUAAGGAAGAACUGAUAGAGGAGAUGAUGAAGGAGAGCGAGUAUCUGCUAUCUCUUGCUGAUAACGAUCAUCUGUAUGUUAUCCCGCUGAUCUGGGAGAUAAGGUGACGAGCUUCAGAUCCGAUUGGAAGAAAUUCUGCGCAAAAUGUAGAUCCCAAGAAAAACGCCUCGAACGAACGUACACUAAAAUCCGAAAACUCGAGGCUGCAUUGGAUAAGAUCUUGCGAUGGCAGAACGAAAAGGAGAAGGAGCUGGCUGCCGCACCUCCCAUCUCAUCUGAACCCCACAUUAUAAAGGAGCAACUGGAGCAGAUCAAAUCUCUGCGAGCAAUUGUGGACGGGUGUGAGAGUCACAUAACAACGGCUAACGAGCUCGCCAGAAGUCUUAUCAACAAGGCUAAGAUGGGUGCAGAUUCCAUGCCUCCUCUCAAGCAGAAGUUGGAGAAGAUUAACGAGGGCUGGAAGAGGAUGAACGACACUAUUACUCAGAGACUCUACGAUCUGGAGUCUGCGUUGAAGAAGUGCCAGGGAAUUGAGAAGGCCCUGGAGGAUAUCAAGAGGUGGCUGGACGAGAAAGAAGCUCAGUUGAAUGUUAAAGACCCUCUGCUAUCACUGAUGAGGGGUUGCAAGAACAACUCUCUAAAUACACUGAAUUAAAGCGAGACAUUCACGGUUACGAAGGUGUUAUAACGUCCAUCACCGAGAAGGCCCUGGAAGGUCUGUCGCUAGAUGAUGCUGACAAGAUGAAAGAUAAACUUGCAAGCCUUCAAGACAGAUACAAUUCUAUCAGAAGCGACUGUGAUGAUCAUCAAGACAAACUUAGUGAGGUGUACAAAGCCAUGGAUAACCUAAAACGAGACAGGGAAACUAUUGACGGUAUGAUUAAGAGAUCCAAAGAGCAAGCAGGUGAAAUGAGUCCCAUUGCAUCCAGUAUUCCUAUUCUCAACUCCCAACUCAAGGAAGUGGUUCAACAUCUCUCCUCUAUCGAUGCAAUCAAACCAGAGAUCGCAUCAUUCGCUCAAGAAUGUGAUGAUGCCUGUGAUCUGAUGCUACUCCAAGCAGCUCCUAAGCUCCAGAGAGAAAUUUUGAAAUAUCCCAAAGCAGUUGAAGAAUCUGUUCAGGAUCUUGAAAAAACUGCAAUUGAUCGAAAGAAAGACAUCGAAAAUAAGAUUCAGGAGCUGAAGGAAAUAGAUGAUAAACUGGAUAACUUUAUCUCUGAGUUAGCUCGAAACAAAAAGGACUUCGACAGACAAUCGUCAGAACCUACCCUACAUCCUAAAACUAAAAAGCAACUGGUUGAUGACUUCCAGAAAGUUCAUCGUGCCCUCGAGAAGACCUUAAAUAAGAUAGACAAUAAAAUAGACGAUUUCCUAUCUGACUUGGAGGAAACACCAUUCCUUAAACGAAGACUGCAGGAGGCGCGACAGAAACUGGAUGAUUUCGCAUUAUCAUUGAAUUCCGGAAGAGAUUCCGCUGACAAGGUUGAAAGUAUCCUGAAAAAGAACGAGAAGGAGAGACUUUCCAUGAUGGAGCAAGUUCUCCUACUGGAUGAGGAUCUUGAAGCUUUGGAGCCUAUCUCGAUAAAUGUAGCUGCUGCUACUGCUCAAUCACUGCAGAACAUGACACUCUCUGAGAGAUGCGAGACCCUGAGACGAAGUCUGUCUGAUCUGAAACUUGAUCUGGACGACGUCGCUAGCGACAUUCCAGCUGCAACCAAAAAGGAAAUUGAGGAAGAACAAAACAAGCUAUCUGAGAAGAUGGACAGGAUAUCGGAUAAGUUGAAGAAUAGAGGGGAUGCUUUGGAUGGAGUACUUCCUUUCAUAACUUCGCUGCAGGAUAUUGAGGCUGACGUUCUACCUUGGUUAGACGACAUGUCUAUGUCCAUCGCAUCCGAAUCUGCCAAACCAGAUACUCCUGAAGAAAUAAAGGCAAAGAUCGCCGCUGUCAAGGAGCUCUUGAAGGACAUAGAGGCCCACAAAAUUGAUUUGGACGAUGUGGCCACGUUCGGAGAGAGUGCUCUGGAGCUGGUGACUUCAUACGAUCCUGAUAAGAUGUGCCAGAGUGCUGUAGAUCUCGGAGUUCACCUCGAGGAAGUUCAGAAGAGGUACAACAAUCUGAAGUUGCAAUUGGAUGACCUUGAGUGUGAGCUGACGAACCAAGAAGGUAUCGCUCAAAAGCUUGCCGAGAUUGCAAAAUCGUUCGACAAAGUCCAGGAGUACACUGACAACAUGCCCAAACCACGACUUCAAGAAGCCGAACUUGUGCAGUUCAUGGCAGACAUUGAUGAAGAACUUGGAGAUGUCUUUAUCCUAGAGGAAAAGAUGAGGGUCUUAGAGAACGAAUAUCCCAAUUCUGCUUCCGACCCAGCUGUUCGAGCUCAACUGGAAAAAAUUAAAGAGACUAAGAAAACUCUCGAAGAUAAGAAAGACGACCUCAGAGACAAAAGUGACAUGUUGGAUGCCUUGUCAGAGGACAUGGCUGACAUCAACAAUGCCAUCAAAAGCAUUUCCCCCCAGAAGAACACUGUUCCUCUCACUGAUCUGAAGAGUGUGGAGGACAAUGAACGGUACCAAGAGGAUUUGGAGCCUAAGAUCUCAUCUCUGGAGGAUAAGCUGGAGAAGUUGGAGGAGGUCCACGCUCGUAUUUCUAAAGAUUGCAAUCCUGCUGAUGUUAAGAAACUGCAGGCAAAGAUUGAUGAUUUGAAGAAGAAGUGUAAGGACAAAGAGGAGAAGAAGAAUGAGAAGAUAGAGGAGCUAAAGAAAACUAAGGAUCAUCUCCACAAAUUUGAUGAUGCUUCCCAGAAACUAUCAACUUGGCUAGAGAAUCAGAUUAAUGAACUGAAGAAUCAAGAACCUCCUUCAACUUCAUCCAAUAUCUUGAAGGAACAGCUAGAUCAACACAAUCAGUUUACCGAUGAUGUGCAGGAUGAGGGUAAAGAUCUUUUUAAGGAUCUUCUGAAGAUCGGUCAAGUCUUGAAGAACGACCUCUUGCAGAACGAUAAACCUCUUAAUGAUAAGAUCGCAGAGCUACAGAAGAAGUAUGAUAAUCUGCUGAAGGACGCGACAAAGCGACAAGAAGAGCUUGAAGCGGCCAUGAUGGACGCGAGGAACAUCAGGGAUACCCUGGACUACAUCAUGCCAGAACUCCUUGAGAAGGAAACCGAGCUUCUUAAAGCAGAGAAGCCAGGUGCGGACUUAGAAACAGUCCAAAGUCAAGUAGAACACCACAAAGCUGACGCCCAGCAGCUCCAGUCUCACGCCCAGCUGAUAGCCUCCCUUCGUGAUCAGGAGGGUCUAGGCGAGGAGGAUCAGGAUCUCCUGGACGAGAUCAUGAACAAGUGGGACCGGUGUAACGAGCUGUCUGACGAGAGAAAGGAGGCACUUUCUGGUGCCUUCGACCAGAUCCUCGACUUCGAGAAGGCUCUGGCUGAUGUUGGUAACUUCAUGGAUGCAGUGGAAGCUCAGCUGAUCGAGAAUGACGGUGUUCCCCUGAGUAACAUUGACAUCGUGGAUGAUAUGAUGGGUAAACACAAGGUGAUACAAGAUGCUAUAUUAACAAAGUCAGCAGACGUGGAAUUUGUGAACAAUCUUGGUGACAACUACAAGAACGUGACAGACCCAGAUCAAGCUGCUAUUAUCGCAGAUAAGCUUGAGGAGUUGAAUAAGAAGUGGGACUGGCUUUUAGGAGAGGUAGCUGAAAGGGAAGCUGGCCUCCAAAAAGCAAGAGACACUACAGCAGCUAUAGACAUGCGACUGAACGACCUGAUGGCAUGGCUGGAAGAUCAGGAGGAGUACCUGAAGGGUUGUGGUCCUGUCGCUGAUACUUACGAUGGUCUUGUGGAACAACUUGGUGAACAUAAGAACGUACACGCCGGGUUUGAUGAACACCAGGAUGAUUAUGACAGUAUAGUGAUCACAUGUCAAGAACUUCUGACCGAAUCAGAGGAUCCUACUGUCGGGGAGUCACUGGACGAGAAACUCCAGGACCUCGGACAAAAGUGGGACUCAGUUGUGAAAGCAUCGAUGGCGAGACAAAGAGCGAUUGAGGAGGCGAUGCAGAUCUGUCAUGACUUCCAAGACUCUGUCAACGCUAUUCUUGAAUGGUUACCUGACGCUGAGAAUGCUUUGGAUAGUCUGGAACCAAUCAGUGACGAUUACGAGACUAUUUCCGAGCAGAUACAAGAACUUCUGCAACUGUCGUACUUCAUGGCGGACCAGAACACAGCUGUGGAGCAGGUCUGCACACUAGGAGCUAUCAGAGAGGAGACCGGACCCGCUCUUAGUGAUGAUGAGAACGCCAGGUACAAAGAGAUGAAGGAUCGUUACAAGGAGCUGUGGAACAAGAUAGGGGCCCGACAAGACGAGCUCAAUGCUAGACAAGAGGCUCUGGAAGCUGAGGACGAUCUGGCGAGCUUUGAUAUUACCGAGUGGAAGAAGAGGUUCCUCAGAUGGAUGGACGGCAACCACGAGCGUAUUAUCGAUCUGUUCCGCAAGUUUGAUGUCAACAAAGACGGAACUCUCUCCCACCAAGAGUUUAAGGACGGUAUAAUCCAGGCUGGAAUACCAACACCCCGCUCCUGCUUCCCUACUAUUAUCAGAGAAUUUGAUAGGGAUGACAGUGGGGAUAUCAACUAUAGGGAGUUCGCCGCUGCACUGAAACGAUAUGAGUUCAAGCCUAAAACAGAGGGAGAGCACAUAGACUACGAGGUACAGAGAGCAGUAGAUCGUUGUUCUUGCAGGAGAAGGUUUAACUGUGUGCAAGUCGGUGAAGCUAAAUACAGUCCGGGUAGUGAUUCGAGCAAGAGAUUUAACGGUGUAUUAUGGAGGUUCGGAAACAUGCAGAAACUUUACUUGGUUCGAAUCCUUAGCACCGUGGUCAUGGUUAGAGUUGGGGGAGGCUGGCAGCCGCUCCAUGAGUUCUUACAGAAAUACGAUCCUUGCAGAAGCUGCGAGCUAGACCUACAAAAGAGGUCAGUCAACCAGCGCAAACGAUACCCCUGGAUGGGGGUGAAGGCAGGAGUAAGAAUGUCAGGAUUGGUAGCUAAAGGCAGGACCAAUGUGGAUCUGGGCAAGGUUAAGCUGAAGAAGGACGGUGAGGGACGGGUCAUCUCUCCGCUCAAGUUCCUGACAAAGUUUAAACCUGGUUCUGGACCCGGCACUCCUAGGGCUCAAACGCCGGACGGACGUGCAAGGAAACCCUCAGCAGAAACUUCAAGGGGAAGGAUUACCAUGUCUGCUGGGGUACGGCAAAGUGCUUCACGAGAGUUUGAGGGACUCGAAAUAGAGCACGACGCCAAGCAAAUAUCCUUCCCUGGCUAUAAAGUUAAAGGAGGUUACGUCUCCCCCUACUCCUGCCAAGCACUGGGUCUCAAGAAGAGGUCUGGUUCUCAGGGGUCUCUCUGUUCCUCAGGGAGCACUGAGUUUGACAGUCCAGUAAGGAGGAGUCCCAGUAAGAACCUCAACAAGAGUGGAAGUAGAAGCAGUGUUUUGAGUAAGAGCAGCAGUCGUGGAAGCAUCAGCAGUCGUGGAAGUGCCAGCGUUAAGGGACCUGGUACUUUCGCACCAGGUAUAGCUGCACGAGGACUUUCUGCAAGUACGCCGCGAUCAAACAGCAGAUCAGAUUUGACAAAACCAGGAACGGCCAGGGGUACACCCAGCCCCGUCACCCGUCCCCGACACAUGUCACCCAGAUCUCAGAGCACUGUGGGCAUGUCGCCCAGAACACCCACCCCCAGAACUCCUACUCCAAAUAGAGCCUCACCCAUAACCAGGACCCAGAGUGAGGCGAGAAUGAAACCCAAAACAGCGCCCCCCGCUGGUACCAGUACACCUGUCCGGCAGCGAACUGGUGCUGUCUCUAAAUCAGAUUCGACGGGGCGGACACCUAUUUCCCGGAGGAACACAGCCGCCAACUUGAGUUCCUCCACUCCCACAACCUCUACUACCAGACCAAAACAGACCAAACCAAAGAAACCCGCGGAAACCAAGCAAUAAUCUUUACACUUUAGGAAUCUUUUCAGAUAUGCAAAAACUUUAUUUUUUGUGAACAGAAAAGUGUUUAUAAUGAAUAAACACUUUUCAGAUAUGCAAAAACUUUAUUUUUUGUGAACAGAAAAGUGUUUAUAAUGAAUAUGAUUUUUAUUUAUUAGGAACGUGUGCUCUGUUAUUGUGCUAUCUUGCAUGAUAGAAAUUGUGUUUGUUUACUUUAUAAAUGUAACUUUUUUAAUUAUUUUGUGACCCCUAAUCAGGGCCAAAAAUUGAAUCUUUUGAUAGAUAUUUGAAGCUAUUGGGAAAUAAGUGUGUAUAAUGUAGUGUUAGUGAACCUUGGCAGUUGGCAACCAUCGUUUGCCAAUAACCACCGGGCCGAUUGUUAUUGGGAUAUAUUAUCGGAGAGAUCGGUGGAAUGUUAUCGUUCAAUUGUUGAAUAUUCAACAAUUAUUUACGCUGUGUUCCAAGUUACUGUUAGUUGAUUGUGUUAAAAUUUUCAGAAUUACUCAGAAUUGAUCUUUGAACUUUAAAUCUUAUUGCAUGCUUUUGAGUUUGAGGUGCAGAGAAUAGUUUAUGAAUUGUCUUACAUGGUGUAUAAUAGUCAUUAGAAUUUGAAGCUUCAACUUAGAGAAAAGCUGAUACUUUGAACAGACUAUCAAUUUGUACCAUGCCCGAUGUUAUAGACGGCUAUGCUUAAAGAGUUUAACAUAUAGUGAGUGUAUGAUGUAUUGAUAAAACACAUAGUUUUACCCAACUUGUUUUGCAAA